GACAAGACGCACAGGUUGCGUUUUAGACAAAGAAAAUAAUAGAAGGGUUGGAGCGGAGAAGGAGAAGGGAACGCCAGGAGCUUCAAGCUUCAAACACGGAAAAGUCCACCACUGUGGUUCGUGUCUCGUUCUGUGUUUCGCGUUCUCACCGGUUCAGUAGCAGCAAUCCAGGAGCUUCAAGCUUCAAACACGGAAAAGUCCACCACUGUGGUUCGUGUCUCGUUCUGUGUUUCGCGUUCUCAUCGGUUCAGUAGCAGCAAUUUCCUUCACACUAUUUAAUCGGAGAAGGUUGUUUGAGUGAAGUUUCAUUAAGUUGCCUAGUGAAAACUUGGGAGAAAAUAGAAGUAACAUUCAAGAGUUGUGAACCUGCAACAAAGUUUAUUUGGAGAAGGUUGUUUGUGAGGUUUCACUAAGUUGCAAUAGAGUUUUACAGGAAAUGAAGUUGUCAGAUGUUCUAAUUGUUUCCGCCGGUUUAAUUGCCGCCGCUGCCGCUUUCUCGUACCUCCAGAGUGGUGGGAAAGAAAGAGAGAAGAAGAAGGUCGUUCCUAAGAAGAAAUCUGGAAAAACAGAAGGCUUUUCUCACUAUGUUGCAAGACAACUGGGAUUUCAAGACGCGGAAGAAGUUCCACAUUUAUGCUCGUUGGUCCAAGACUAUUUGAAAAGAAGCGAGGAGUGUGAUGGGAGAAUCUAUGAGUAUAUUUCUCAUUCCAACGGAGAAAACAUAGAUUCCCUAUAUAUAAAGCUUGUAGAUGAAAUUGAAAAAUGCAUCCUAAGCUAUUUUUCAUUCAACUGGAAUCAAGCUCCAUCUAUUAUUAAUCAAGCUUUAAGCGUGAAGUCUCCCCCUAUAAGAAAGCUGAGGGAAAUUAUCUUGGCAGCUACAAGGAAAAUACGGUUUGAAAGAGUUAUUAUGAGUUUGCGAGUAACCAGAGUAUUCUCUACCUUAGUAGAAGAAAUGAAAGCACUGCAGUGUAAUCAAGAAAUGGUGCCCGCGAACUUACCUGAGAGGAGUCCAGUAUUGCUGUUUCUGGGAGGUGGCAUGGGGGCUGGAAAAAGCACCAUCCGUGAAGCCAUCCUGAAGGAAGCAUUCUGGUCACAAAUAGCUACCAAUGCUGUGAUAGUUGAGGCAGAUGCUUUUAAAGAAAAAGAUGACAUAUAUAAGGCUCUUAAUUCCACCACCGUUCAGUUGGGUCGUGAUCAUAAUGAGGGGCUGGAAAGUGCUGAAACGGUGCAUGAGUUUUCUACCCGUGCUGCAUCAUCUCUCCUCGUGACAGCGCUAAAUGAAGGUCGAGAUGUAAUCAUGGAUAGUACCUUGUCAUGGGAACCAUUUGUAAAACAGACCAUUACUAUGGCAAGAAAUGUUCACAGAUGCAAAUAUAGAAUGGGGGAAGGCUAUAAAGAGAAUGAAGAUGGGACUGUCAUUGAGAAUUAUUGGGUUGAAGAUGAACACGGGGAAACUCCUCCAACAGGAGAAUCAAACACUCGACAACCUUACAGGAUUGAGUUAGUGGGCGUGGUUUGUGAUAGCUAUAUUGCUAUAGUGAGAGCCAUUAGGAGAGCUAUUGCGACAGGAAGAGCAGUAAGGGUGAAUGCGCAACUAAAAUCUCAUCAAAGAUUUGCCCGUGCAUUUCCAAAAUAUUGUGAGCUUGUCGAUAAUGCCAGGCUUUAUUUUACAAAUGCUAUCGAUCAUCCACCAAAGCUCAUAGGAUGGAAAGAUGGUGUUGAAGAUUUACUGGUGCAUCCUCGAGAUUUUAAAUGCAUGGAGAGGAUAGCCAAUUUGAAUGUUAAGGCUGAUUGCAUCUAUAACCUCUACAAGGAACCAAACACCGUCAUGGAAUCCGGUUCCAUUUGGAGUGAAAUAAUUUUGGCACCUUCAAGAAUAGAAGACCAAAAAGAAUUGAGGAAGGCUAUUGAGAAAUCAGAGAAAUAUGAUGGCUAAAUACCUCAAGUUAUUGGAGCUCAAUAGCAUUUAUCUAUCAAGACUGUUGGGUUUCAAUGGUGAAGGAUGCCGGUAAUCUAGAAUUAAUAUGACACCAGAACAAGAACAAGAACAGUGCAAUUUUCUUUACUUAGUUAUUGGAUAUUAAAGUACUUACCAGAUUCUCUGUUCUGAACUUUUAACAAGUUGACAUGCCGCAGUUGUUUUACUACUCUCAUUAUUUUUU